AUGGAUGGAAAGACGGGCGUGGAGAUUCAUAGAAUCCACGUCCGGACGGUUCUUACAAUCAUGCGAAAGCAUAAGUUGUUCGCGAACCUCAAGAAGUGUCCAUUUGCAGCAAGCGAAAUACCACUUCUUGGAUGUAUCGUUGGUAAGAACGGUGUACGUCCUUAUCCGGAAAAGAUCAAGGCGAUCACCGACUUGGCUGUGCCAGUCGACGUCAAGGGACUUCGAAAGUUUCUUGGCUUGGCAGCGUACUUGCACAAGUACUCGCGCAACUACGCCGAGAUGACCGUACAUCCCUCUCAUCUUCUAAAAAAACGAGAGGUGGUCAUGGAGUGCUGA